AUGGAGGUUUUAUACAGCUCAGCAUCAGAGCAAACAGGUUUGGGUGUCUGGAAAAGUGUUCCCCCGAAUGCAGAUUUAAAUGGCAGCAGUGCAUGCGAGAAGGAGCAGGUCUCAUGUAUCGAUGAGUUGAAUGAAUUCGGCUGUCUUAGAGUAGAGGCUUUCCGUGGAUCUGCCUGCUCUAACACAAUGGGGAAAGGUACAGCAGGAAUGAGGCAGCUGCCCUCCUUUCCCCCACUGCAAGCAGGAGAACAGCAAACGAAUAGACGGAAACUUGCACAGACGGUCUCAGCGAAGGAUGAGUUUGCCGCAUGA